AUGGAACAUAGAUAACUAUUAGAAACUCUGGUUUUCGAUUUAUUAAAUAGUCCAGUCAACCCAUUAAUUUAAGUACACUUUCAAAAUAUGUUAGUAUCGAGACUUUCAAAUUUAACACAUUUGUAAAUAAAUUGGAGUUAAUGAAUAUGGAGGUUAAAGAGAUGCAAUUUUUUUUAAGCAUUUUGCUUCCCAUUUUAUUUCAUAUUUAAAUGAAAAAAAUGAAAUCUAAACUAUCAUUUAAUAAGCUCAAAUUUCUAGAAAUUAGUCUAAAACAUAGGAACUAUAAGAAAAUAAAUAAAUUACAUUACCUCAAAAACUAUAGUAAAUUGCAAGUCCCAUUUGUUAAAAACCAAAAAAUGAUAUGGUUUAAAUAAUUGAUGAUGAAAUAGCAGACUCAAAUAAGCGAAAAAUUGAUUUGGAGGCAUUUCUUCCAAAAUCCUAUUUAUCUGUGCCAAAUUUUAUUGGGGUUAAUUUAGACAUAAAUAAUAAUCAAUUUAAUAAAUCAAAUGAUAACUCUAAACAUAUAUCUACAAAAACAGCAUCAAAUAAAUAGGAUACUAAAUCUAAAGAUUUAAAACUUAUUCCUGAUCUUAUUGUCAAAAAGAAAAGCGAGAAAACUCCUCAAAAAAAUGAUAAUCAUAACAAAACACAUACAUUUUAUGAACCUAUUGAAUAUAAAGAUACCUAAUUAAAUAGAUCUCUUUAAUCUAAAACAGAACUUUAAAAUAAUUGCAAAAAGAAAAAGCUGUCUCCAUCUUUAGAUUAAAUUAAAAAAAAAGAUAAUAAAUAACUUAAACAAGAUUCUUAAUCUGAAUCGCUUGAAUUAAGAACAUCAGAAGAUUUAUCAUUGAGAGAAGAUAGUAUUAAAAAGAAGGAGAAUAUUAAAUUAUUAAAUAAAUAGGAGAAGAAAUUAAGUAAAGACUUAGAAAAUUUUAAUAAAAAAGACAAAUUAUUGAAAAUUGAAAAAAAAAAACAUUUAGAAAUUGAUAUAAAAUAAUAAAUUGAAAAAUCAACUAAAUAGAUUAUUCCAAUGAUUGAAAAAAAAGAUAGAAAGAAAAAAGAAAGGUUAGAAAGUGAUAAAUUAAAAAAAGAGAAAAAAGAUUUAGAAAGAUUAUAAUAAUUAAAAGAGAAAAAUUAAAUAUUAGAAAGAUUAGAAAAAGAAAAAUAGAAUAAAGAGAAAUAAGAAAAAGAAAGAUUGGAGAAAGAAAGGUUAGAUAAAUUUGAAAAAGAAAGAGCAGAAAGAUUAGAAAAAGAAAGAUAAGAUAGAAUUGAACUUUUAGAAAAAUAAAAAUAAGAAAGGGAAAAAUAGGAUAGAUUAGAAAAAGAGAGAUAGGAAAGAUUAGAAAGAAGUGAUAAACAUCGAUAAAAAGAAACUUAAGAAUUAGAAUCAAUUAUUGAAAAACUAUUGUGUACUAAUCCAAAUGAAACAUCUAAAAUUAAAAAAAAUUAAGAAUAAGUAAUUAUUUUAGAUAGCAAUGAUAAAGUUACUAAAAAAUUAGAAAAAGAAUAAUCAAAAUUAGAAAAACCUUAAUGUAAUUAUUGUUAAAGUAUGGAUACAAAAACUAUUGAAAUUUAAGAUGGAGUAAGAAUAUGUACAUAAUGUUUGUUAGUAUCCAUUAAUCCAUUCUAAAAAAUCAUAACAAAAUUAGCUUAUACUGAAUACAGAUGCUCAGGUAAAGAAAAUGCAAAAACAAGUCAAACCUUUAAUAUUGAUACUUCUACUAAUUGCAAUCUUGAGAUAAGAUGUGUUGCUUUGAAUAAAUAAGGAUUAUAUGACUUGACUUUUCCAAUGUCUUGUACUCUCUUAAUAAAUGGAGCCACUAUAAAAGAGAUCAGACCAUUGUAAGAAAAAUCAAGCUUAAAAAAAAGGAGAGAUACUUCAAUUUACAUCAAUAUCAAAGAUUUAAUAAGAUAAAAUAACUUUUCUAAGAAAUUUGUAUUUUCAAUAAUAGAACAUUUGGCAGAUUAAUAAUAUCGUAAAGAUACUAUUGGUUCAAUCUAUUGUUUUGGUUUGUUUUUGGUAGAACCAUUGAAUGUAAUACAAACAAUUGAUAAAUUUAAAUAAUUAGAUAUUUAACCAAAGAUUAAAUCUGAUUAAAAUAAAAAAGAAAUAUAAGUUGCUAAAACAAUUAUUAGUCUCUAUUGUUAAUUUACUUUAGAAUUAAUUCAAAUUCCAGCAAAGUAAAUCAAUAUUAUAUAUUAUUUUAGAGGUGAAUUUUGUCAACAUGAAUAAUGUUUUUGUCUAUGCAGUUUCCUUGAGAUGAUGAUUAAAGUAGAACAUAAAAAAUGGAUAUGUCCAAUAUGCAAAAAAGUAUGUUUUCAUUUGGUUAUUGACAAAUAUCAAUUAUUUAUUAUUGAAAGAAUCAAAAAAUUAGAAAUUUCAAUUGAUCAACUAGCAUUAGAUCAUACUGUAUUAUAAUCAAACUAAUAUAGGGUUAAUUGGAUAAAGAUUAAUAAAUCAAUUUAAUAUUAUAAGAUGAAACAAUAAAAACAUAUUAAGAUAUAAUUGAUAAGGGAUAUUAGAAUAUUAAUAGAAUUAACAAAAAUGAAGAUGAAGAUGAUAUUCCUAUUGUAACUAAUGCUGGAAAGAGUUAAAAUUUAGCUAUAAUAUUAAUUGAUGAUUGA